UUUCCAGCUCGUUGAUUGGCUCUGUCAGCCAAGCUCCUCCCACCUACAGGCGUGUAUUGUUGUCGAUGAAAACAAAGAUGGCGACUGGGUCCGCGUAAAUUGGACAUUUAUCAAAGCUUAUGAUUGUGGAGAACACAAAAUCAGAAAGGACCCAUGGCAUUUGAAGAAAUUAAAGAUAUGGGGAUGGAUGGGGACCGGGGGUUAGUGGCUGGCCGCAGUCAAAGAGAGAAGAGAAGGUCCUACAAAGAUCUUCUGAGAGAGGAAGAAGAGAUAGCAGCUGAGGUCCGUAAGUCCUCCAAGAAACGUCCAAAGGAAGCUGAACUGUUCAUGAUGGGGACUGAAACUCACAAGAAAAAGAAAAAGCACAGUGAUGACUAUUAUUACAGAGAUUACGAUGGCUCUGGACCUCCUCCACAUAAGAAGAAGCACAAGUCUGUGGACCGCUCCCCCACACUGUCCCCCUCCUCCUCCCACCCAACCGACACAGCCAUGGGUCUCCUCCAGGCCAUCACCUCCCCUCUAGCCACUGGCUCAGACCCCAACCCGCACCUCCACAAGAAGCCCUCUUACCCCUCCUUCUCGUCCCACUCGUCCAAAGAGCGCAAACGUGAAGGCAGUGGCGGAGGGAGUAAAAGCAGCCACGCUUUCUCACACUCCCGCCCCUCUUCUUCGUCCUCAAAAAAACAUUCCUCCUCUUCCUCAAAGUCAUCUCUUUUCCAUGGCGGACUACCCAAAGAAGAGCCGCUGACACUACGGGAAGCGGAUGGACUCAAGAUGAAGCUGAUCAUGUCGCCUGAGAAAGAGGAAAGCGAUGGCUACAUGUACGCACCACACUCUAAAACAAGUGUGAAGAAGGAGAAAGACAAAGACAGGGUUCAGAUCUCAAAGUCGCCCAAAAAGAAGACGCAGCAGAGUCGGGAGCCUUUGCCGGUGGUGGGCAAAGAGGUGGAGGUUGAAGGUCACUACGGAGGAGGCCUGGGGGAGGACAGCUCUUCAUCUGGAGGCGAGUUGGAGGCAGGUGAACUAGUGAUCGAUGACUCUUACAAUACACACAUGUCCAAGAAGAAGAAGAAGAGCAAAAAAAGCAAGAAGAAGAAGGACAAGGAGAAAGACAGAGAUCGAGAGAAGAGCGGGAAGGACAAGAAACACAGCAAAGACCCAUCAAGACACAGUCACUCCCACCCCACAGUCACCCAUAGUGCGGUUGGACCCAUGUAUGCCAUGGGUGCAACCCUCCCUCCACACCACCAUCAGGGUGUAGAAGCAAUACCAGAGAAGAAGAAGAAGAAAGAGGAGAAGGAUCGAGAUAAACAUGAGAAAGACAAAGAGAAGCCCAAGAAAAAGACCACAACUACUGCAUAUCAAGUAUUUUGUAAAGAAUAUAGAGUAAACAUCAAUGCAGAACAGCCAGGAUUGGUUUUUGGUGAGUUGAGUAAGAAGUUGGCAGAAGUGUGGAAAGCAAUGCCAGAGAAGGACAAACUGGUGUGGAGGCAGAAAGCUCAGCACCUACAGCACAAACAGAACAAAGCUGAGGCCACAACAGUCAAACACAAAGGCUCAGCUGACGGGAAAGGCAAAGGUCGGCUCAUAAAAGGGAGUGGGAGCUCUGUGGGUAUGGUGUCCCCACACAAAUCCCACAGUGUGUCGCUGUCCCCAGCAAGAGUCCCAGAGGUGGACCCCAUUGACGCCGCAGCCCAUCUGCAACUUCUGGGAGAGUCCCUGUCUUUGAUAGGCCACAGGUUGCAGGAGACAGAGGGGAUGGUGGCAGUAUCAGGGAGUCUAUCUGUGCUGUUGGAUUCCAUCCUUUGUGCACUGGGCCCUCUGACAUGUCUCACAGCACAAAUCCCACAGUUAAACGGCUGUCCACGAAAAGUCCUGUCAAAUACAUUGGACAACAUAGCCUACAUCAUGCCUGGGCUCUGAGUGACUCAUUUCAAUCAUGGCCUGAUGUUUGAUGACCUGGACAUUUCUUGUCUGUAAAUGUUUUUAUUAACUGUAUUCUUAUAAUUUGAAAAAAAAAAAAAAACAUUGUAUUUUAAACAAGGAUUUUACGGAUCAUUGAUUUUAAAGUGGAUCAUGUAUGUGUGAAUGAGUAUUUGUCAGGUCAGUAUGAUUUUAUAUUUUGUACUGAAAUUGUAUAGGUCAUAGAAUCAUCCAUAAAACAGCAUUAUAGGUUCAUUGUAUGUGAAAUGUUCUGCCUUUGCUGUAACUUUUUACAAUUUAAGAUUGAAUCGAAUCAUCACUUCUGGAUAUGAUCAAAUUCUAAAUAAUGAAUUUUACAAUGUAAUA